AUGGCAGGGAAAUCGAAAAGAUGGAUGAAUCAGAGCAGCUGUUCAAGUUCCAGUAGUUCAGGAAAUGUAUCUGACCCUGAUUAUGGUUCGAAAUUUUCUCAGAGGCGGUCUAAGCAAAAUGAUGUCACUUCACAUAGUGAUCGAGAGACAGAGAACGUACAGAUAGAGAAUAAUUCUUCUCAACUGAAAAGGAAACGGGGACGCUCUUCCAAGAAGUGUAACCGCGAAAUAAGAGAGUCUUUAAAAUAUGAUACAGAAAUAGCAAAAGACAAACCAUCUUUGAUAGAUGAUGAGGAUUCUUGUGCUCAAAGGACAAGACGUUUCACGUCUAGAAGGAGGCGGAAAUCCGAUUCUGAAAUUCACCAGUGUAAACAAUUGUAUGCAUCUACAAGUAACAGAAGUUCAAUAGAUGAUUAUGAGAAUCCGAGAUGUGCUGGUGGAAGAAAAAGAAGCUCAGAUGAUAAGAAUGAGAAAGGAAAGAUGAAGGCAACCGUAUUUUCUUGGCUAAUAGACACCAAUAUAAUUCAAGAAAAUGCAGAAGUAUUUUCUGUUGAUGAUAGAAGCAAGCAAAUGAAAAAUAAGGGAAUAAUCAAGAGAGGGGGCAUAUUGUGUCCCUGCUGUGACAACAUCUUCACAGCAGCAGCCUUUCAUAUUCACGGUGGAAGGAAUUGCAAAAAACCAUAUGAAAGCAUAUUUCUUGCAAAGAAACAGCAAUCCCUCUUUAAUUGCAUGAUUGAAGCCUGGAAUGAGCCCGAUGAAUCUCAAUACCAUAAAUUUAACAUCAUCAAAGCUAAAAGUAAUGCCAUCGACUUGUAUGAUGACGCUUGUAUGAUUUGCGCCGAUGGAGGGAAUUUAAUUUGUUGUGAAAGAUGUUACUCCACUUACCAUCAAGUAUGCGUUGGUAUGGAGGAGGUUCCUGAAGGCUCCUGGUAUUGUCCAUAUUGCGUGUGCAAGUUCUGUGGAGAUCCUGCGCAAGAAAAUGAUUAUCUAAUCACAUGUCCACAAUCACUUCCAUUCAGUAUUAUAGGAUUUUUGAAUAACAUGGUUGAUAAAUUGAGAUGUUAUUUGCUAAAUUUUGGGAAGGUACAUUACAAGUUAUCAAAAGUCUUGGUUGGGAAGAAAAAUGAGCUGAAGGAAGGUUAUUCUUGGACUCUACUGCAUCUAGUGGGUGAUGGAUCUGGCGUAUAUAUUGAUGACGUCUCUGGUGUGUAUAUUGAUGAUGAAUACCGAAGAACAAUGUGCCACUCUAAACUGGCAGUUGCAAGGAGACUGAUGGAGGAGUGUUUUGAGCCAAUCCGGGAUAGGCACACAAGAAUUAAAGUGAUUCCAAGUGUUGUUUACAAUUGUCGAUCAAAUUUUAAUCGGAUCCAUUUUGGAGGCUUCUACACUGCUGUUUUGGAGAAGGAAGAUGAAAUUAUCUCUGUUGCAUCCCUUAGGAUUCAUGGAUCAAAGCUUGCUGAAAUGCCCUUUGUUGCAACAAGUGAUGUGUACAGAUGCAAAGGAAUGUGCAGAAAACUUAUAGAUGGAAUAGAAUCAGCUCUUCGCUACCUUAAUGUUGAAAAUCUGAUAAUUCCAUCAAUAGAGGAGAGAGUAAGAAACUGGUGUGAAAGAUAUGGUUUUGGUCGUCUGGAGGAAUCAAUGAAGCAAGAAAUAAUGGGCUGGAACACUUUGAUGUUCCAUGAUUCCAUCAGAUUGCAAAAGCCAUUGUUGUGGUCCUCUCACUUUGCAGAAUCACACAGAGAACACAAUGAAUUUGCUACUUCUGCUGCGAUACCAUGUUUCAAGAGGAAUAAUCGAAAUAAAGAUUAUUUGAAUCCUAUUCAUUGCAAUUCUCACUCCGUACUGGAGGAUGAACAUACUCAAAAUCAAUGGGGAUUCUUGGAAUUCAAUUCAUUGAAAAAGCAUGCAGAAACUUUUUGGAUGCGGUUGUCAGUUUUCACCCCUUUGAAUGUAUCGAACUCAAGGGACUUUGGCUUCGCUGUACAUGUUUAUGAUGGAAUUAGUGGUUAUAAAAAUACUACUGGCCUUUGA